CGAGACUCGGUUUGGAUCACACACACACACACACACACGAUGAGUGCGCGCGGUGAGGAAGCCGCCGGCGAAGCUUCAGGAUCGCAGCCCGAGCCCGAGCCCGCCCCGCCUGAGCCAAAGAAGAGGGGACCGGGUAGACCCAGGAAGCCGCAACAGGAACCCACAGGAGAGCCUGUCCCCAAACGACCGAGGGGACGCCCCAAAGGAAGCAAGAACAAGGGCCCCUCCAAAGCAGUGCAGAAGAAAGCUGAGACCACAGGGGAGAAGAGACCUCGAGGAAGACCCAGGAAAUGGCCACAGCAAGUGGUCCAGGAAAAGCCCGCUCUGGAAGAAGAAGAGGAGGAGGCGGAGCAAGAAGAGGACUAAGCAACCACAGGAUUUUACCUCUACCUCAUCCAGCUGUCAACUCUCUCCGAGGGAUAAGACUGCCUUGACCACUUAUUAUUGACUUCCCACUUUCGUUUGAUCAUUUUCGUUUGUUUAUUUUCAUUUUUUCUCAUUGGUUUAUUUGGGUUUGGUUUCGUUUUGUGAUCAACACACACAACACCUCAGAGCGUAACCUGAAAAAAAAAAGACGCAAAUGCAAACAAACAUCUUGCAGAUGACAUUUGGAGCCGCCUGGCUGUUUCCACUUCCCACAAAACAGCUGUAAGCACAUAGGCGCAGGGGUUAAACAUACAGGCUGUGCUACAGUGGUUCUUUUCACCACACACAAACACACACACACACAAACACACACACAUACACACUCUUGUUGACUGAUUUUUCAGGUAACAUUGGCAAAGUAGAAGGUGAAACUGUCUGGGUUUGUCAUUCAACAUGUGGUGCUUCUUAUAUCUGGGUGGAGCUUGCACAAGACACCCCCCCCCCCCCACACAGUAUCGUACCACCAAAGACCAUUUUCCCUUCCCUGUCCACUUCAUUUUGAUG